UAAUGUUACGUGUGAGAAAAACAAAACCAAUGCUCUAACAUGCUUCAACAAUAGCUUUUGUAGAACACUUUUUUUUCCGCAGGGCAAUACAAAAGUCAUUUGUCUAUACAAAUUUGCACUUAGUUAGAAUACACACAUGUUUAUUGUGAAAAAAGUUAAUUCCUAGUAUAAUAAGUGUCGCAAUUUUGAACAGAGGUUAAACUAAGCUUAGUUCAAAACUGCGACGCUUAUUUUGGAUCGAGGGAGUUUGAAUUUUUUUUAAAUAGCUUCGCUUUUAAAAAGAAUCAGCCAGCUUGGGCUCCAAAUUGCUGACCCCGGGUGGACUUAUCUCUCCGCCUUCCCUUUCCCCACCUGGGCCAAACCUGAAUUUGGGCUUCCUCCUUGCCAUUGGACUGGUCCAGAGACUGGCCCACUGAUGCGGCCGAGGCCAGCCCAGGACGCUCAGUGCUCCUCCUCCCUCCUGGCUUCUGCUACCAGCACAGCGCCGGCCUGCACCUCUGAACCCUACCGCCAAUGGUGCGGCGCGCGGCCGGCCGGAGCGUAACCUUCCCGGCUCUCCGGCGCCGCCGCCAGGCACCGUCUUCCGCAAUUCCGUACCGUCUGUUGCUCACUCCUCCGGGCCCCGACCUCAAGACCGCUCGUCGGAGCCCGUGAAUCCUCAGGGCUCAGGCUGCCCAGGCCUCUCCACUUCCACGAGCUCCGUCAGUCGAGCUCCAGAGCAAGGGCAAGACUCAGCAUGGACUCCCUUCAUCUUGUGCACGUCAAACUUCUGGCUGCCGACCUUCUCUCUCUGACUCCCCGACAUACACCGCCGCCUUCCUUUCUUCGCUGUGGCCGUACAGUUGCCCGUGCUGAGGUUGUCGGGAUUGUUGUUUCACGUGACCGCAGGGAGAAGUUUCUGCGCUUCCUGGUUGAUGAUGGCACUGGCUGUGUACCAUGUGUCCUGUGGCUGAACCACCAGUACCUGAAUGCAAACACUUCAUCAGAUUCUGAUCCAACUGGAGAGAUGGCAUUGAAAAUGUCGGAGGUGGUACGCUUGGGCACUUUGUUGAGGGUUCGUGGGAGGAUUGUCAUGUACCGUGGUGCAAUUCAGAUUGCUGCUAGAGACGUGGUUCUAGAGGAGGACCCUAAUGUGGAGGUUCUACAUUGGUUACAGUGCGUUCACAUGGCCAAGGAAUGUUAUGAUUUGCCACUACCUUCUGCUUGAGGUGUGCCUUGGAGGAUCUCAUUCUCUGUAAUGAUCCCAAACUGUACUGUGUUUCUUUCUGUGGUUACUGUUGAGCCAACUUCUUCUAACGCGAUCCAGCGUGUGUACGGCAAACAUCGUUAACUAAAUGCCUUUUUUGGUCGACUGCAUUUGAUUUACUU